UCCCCCUCCCGUCCUUAUCUGCGGAGGCCCGCCUUCCUCCCGGUUCCGAGCCCAGGGGCUGCUGCCGCCCGAGCGUUCAGCCUCGCUCCGGGGCCUCGCCAGGCGCGGACUUCCAGGCCAUCAUCAGCGUCUGGCGCUUCUGAGCUCCAGUGGGCUAGGGCCUGCGGGUUUCCUCCAGCUGGGGAGGACGGAGAGCGGAGGCGGAGGCAGAAGCAGUUUCAGGCCUUAGGCCCGGCGGUCCGGGUUGGGUGAGACGCUGCCAUCAUUCGCCGUCUGGGGCACGCGCGGGCCUCUUGGGACCUCGCUGGCGACCCGUAGCUCGGGCACGCGCCUGUCGCAGCCCGCAGGAAGGAGGGGUCCGGCCUGAGGCCCGGGGCGGCGGCCGCCAUGGAGAUCCCCUCGGCCCGGGGCCGGCGCCUAGGGCUUUGGGGGCGGCCCUGACCGCCCUCCUCAGUGCCCGGGCUGAAUAGCGGACGUGCCCCCGGCGGCAUUGGGCCACCUCUUCGUCUCCACCCUCCACCGGCCGCACUGCUGCCUGGGCGCGGCGGCGGCGGCGCCCUGUUGAAUGGGCUGUGAGGGCCCAGGUUUGAAGCGCUGGCGAACGCGGCCUCCGGGGGCGCAAGGCAGCAGCAGCGGUGGCGACCAAACGGGUAUUGGAGUUGGCGGCGGCCAUGGAGGGCCUGGCUGGCUAUGUAUACAAGGCGGCCAGCGAGGGCAAGGUGCUGACUCUGGCCGCCUUGCUUCUCAACCGGUCUGAAAGCGACAUCCGCUAUCUGCUUGGCUAUGUCAGCCAGCAGGGAGGGCAGCGCUCCACGCCCCUCAUCAUCGCGGCUCGCAAUGGACACGCAAAGGUGGUGCGCUUGCUAUUAGAACAUUACCGGGUGCAGACUCAGCAGACUGGCACCGUCCGCUUCGACGGGUAUGUCAUUGACGGUGCCACUGCUCUUUGGUGUGCAGCAGGAGCAGGACAUUUUGAAGUUGUUAAGCUUCUAGUCAGUCAUGGAGCCAAUGUGAACCAUACCACAGUAACUAACUCGACCCCCCUGCGGGCAGCAUGCUUUGAUGGCAGAUUGGACAUUGUGAAAUACUUAGUUGAAAAUAAUGCCAACAUCAGCAUUGCCAACAAAUAUGACAACACCUGCCUAAUGAUUGCAGCAUAUAAGGGACACACUGACGUGGUCAGAUACCUUUUAGAACAACGUGCUGAUCCGAAUGCUAAAGCACAUUGUGGAGCUACAGCGUUGCACUUUGCAGCUGAAGCUGGGCACAUAGAUAUUGUGAAAGAGCUGAUAAAAUGGCGUGCUGCUAUAGUAGUGAACGGCCAUGGGAUGACGCCAUUAAAAGUAGCAGCUGAAAGCUGUAAAGCUGAUGUCGUCGAACUGUUGCUCUCUCAUGCUGACUGUGACAGGAGGAGUCGGAUUGAAGCUUUGGAGCUCUUGGGUGCCUCCUUUGCAAAUGACCGUGAGAACUAUGACAUCAUGAAGACAUACCACUAUUUAUAUUUAGCUAUGCUGGAGAGGUUUCAAGAUGGUGAUAACAUUCUAGAGAAAGAGGUUCUCCCACCAAUUCAUGCUUAUGGGAAUAGAACUGAAUGUAGAAAUCCUCAGGAACUGGAAUCCAUUCGGCAAGACAGAGAUGCUCUUCAUAUGGAAGGCCUCAUAGUUCGGGAACGGAUUUUAGGUGCCGACAACAUUGAUGUUUCCCAUCCUAUCAUUUACAGGGGAGCUGUUUAUGCAGAUAACAUGGAAUUCGAACAGUGCAUCAAGUUGUGGCUUCAUGCCCUGCACCUCAGACAGAAAGGUAACAGGAAUACCCAUAAGGAUCUUCUUCGAUUUGCCCAAGUGUUUUCACAGAUGAUACAUUUGAAUGAAACUGUGAAGGCCCCAGACAUAGAAUGUGUUUUGAGAUGCAGUGUUUUGGAAAUAGAGCAAAGUAUGAACAGAGUAAAAAAUAUUCCAGAUGCUGAUGUCCACAGUGCGAUGGACAAUUAUGAAUGUAAUCUCUAUACCUUUCUGUAUUUGGUGUGCAUCUCCACCAAAACCCAGUGCAGUGAAGAAGAUCAGUGCAAAAUUAACAAGCAGAUCUACAACCUGAUUCACCUCGAUCCCAGAACUCGUGAAGGUUUCACCUUGCUGCAUCUAGCUGUCAACUCAAACACCCCUGUUGAUGAUUUCCACACCAAUGAUGUCUGCAGCUUUCCAAACGCGCUUGUCACAAAGCUCCUGCUGGACUGUGGUGCUGAGGUGAAUGCUGUGGACAAUGAAGGGAACAGUGCCCUUCACAUUAUCGUUCAGUACAACAGGCCCAUCAGUGACUUUUUGACCUUGCACUCUAUCAUCAUUAGUCUAGUUGAAGCUGGCGCUCACACCGACAUGACAAAUAAGCAGAAUAAGACUCCACUAGACAAAAGUACAACUGGGGUGUCAGAAAUACUACUUAAAACUCAAAUGAAGAUGAGUCUCAAGUGCCUGGCUGCCCGGGCAGUUCGGGCUAAUGACAUUAACUACCAAGACCAGAUCCCCAGAACUCUUGAAGAGUUUGUUGGAUUUCAUUAAGUGACUGGAUAUGUAAAAUCGUUUAAUGUGGUGCUAAAAAGUAAAGGACUUUAAUCACAGACAAUAGAAUUAUGUGUUCAUAAAUUCUACUUUUCUUUCCACUACUCUUCCUCCCUACCCAGCCUUCCUUAGUUUUGUAUGUGGUCUUCUUGCCUCAUAUGGUAAUUGAUUUCAAAUACACUUUAAACAAAGCCACAUUGUUUAGGUGUAACUAUAAUUUAAUGUGUUUGGAUAUUGGUCACUUAACUUUUUUUUUGAGGAAUGAAUAUAAAAUAUUUCGUUUAUGUAACAAAGGACAUUUAUGAUUUGAAGUUGAUAAUUUUUUUUUUUUUAAACUGCCUACAAAAGUAUUUCUGUUAAGCCUGUGUCAGCAUGUUAUCCUUUGCAGCAGUUCUGAGGAUUUCAUGAAGAAAAGCAACUAAAAGUAAUAGAUUAUCCAGAUGUUCUGCACAUGCCAAACUGCUAUAGGUAGUUUUCACUCUUCCAUUAUUUAUGUGAAGUGAUAACAACACAUUAGAACAUCAGGAGGGUUUUAAAAAGUAUAGCUGCAGAUUAAUCUGAAAAAAUGUGCUCACUUAAUAAUAGUUACAAAUUUAUAAAGUUAAAUCCAUUGAAAUUGUUGAAUUAUGCUGGGUGAUACAUACAAAAUAGUAGUAUUCUUAAAGCAACUUUUCAGAGACUAUUAAUGGACUAUUUGCUUUUAGGCUUGGAUUCUAAAAUUUGUGGAAAUCUCAGUUUUAAUGUAAUUAAUCUAAAUUGUAACAGCCUGCAUUUGAGUCAGCUCACAGACAUGUAAAAAUUAUGAAUGCUUUGUUUUCUUAUGAAACAAAUAGUUAUACAUUCUAUUUUUGUCCCCUUUGCCCUUUCCUCCUAUGUGGUAUCUUUUAAAAUUGGAAACUACUUUUCCAGAGGGCAUUAUUUGUGCCUCCCUAAGAUGGUGUUUAUGACACAUGAAGAGGAACUGGAUAUUUUUAAUGUUUUCACUUCAGUCUGUGAUAAUAAGUAGAAAAACCACUAGUGUGGUAUAGGAAGUUCAAUGUUUUUGAUGAUGAAAAUAAUUCCCAAUGACAUUUUGAAAGAUACUUCUGUUUGAGGGCAGCACAUUUUGCAACCACAAAAUGUUACUUUUUCUGACAGGCUAUAUGGAGGUCUUAAUGUUUUUUGGUUUAUUUUUAAUGGCAACACUUUAACUGUCAGACUAAAAGAAUAUUUCGUGAUUAUCUUUUAAGCAUCACAGAAAUUCAAGUAAAGGUACACACCUAUUUCUAUUGAUGUUAAAAAUGAUAAAUAAAAUUAGCUAUAUCUGUAUUUUUCUCUCUAGUGCCAAAUGAAUGCCUUAGCUACUCAUAGUGCAUGGUACUGUAAGUGAACACCUGCAGCUUUUUUUCUUUAAUGAAAAGCACUAUAAAGAUGUAACAACAUCAGAUACAAACAAACAAAACUUGUAAAGUUUCAGUUAACAUUUUAUGUAUGGCUAUUGCUUUGUGAAGUGUAAGAAAAAGUUUGCAGUUGGACAGUAUAGAACAUAAUGACCAAGCCAAAAUCAGCACCUAGGGCCUUAAAUAAAAUAGAGAAACCCCAUGAAAUGAAAUACUUUGAAGGGUGGGAGGGAAUGGAUGGAGGGACUUUAAAAACUUCUUCCCCCAAGAAUGCAAGAUACUUUUACUGUUGUAGUUAUACUCUGUGUGUCUUCUUGCCUUAGGAGUGUUUUGAUGGUGAGUUCUGUCAUGGUAAUAUAUUUGUGUUUCUAACCUGAGAUUUUUACAAGGAAGGUUUUUAGGAUGGUUUGAGUCAGCCCUAAGUUGAAAAUUACUGGCCUUGAUUCUUGGCAACUCUCAUGAUCUGAAAGAGGAAAUGCACAUUUUCCAGGUGAGUGAAUCACACCUUUUUCACAGCUCAGAUCAGACCUUGUAUUUUUUAGACUUCAAGGCCUGCUUUUUUGACAGUCUGAGGAAUGGCUAUGAUACUUGGUAUUUACAUGGUUCCAUUCUUAAUGUAUAUUCUUUUUAAACAUAAUAUCAAAACUAUCAAAACUUAAAAUAUCAGAUUAUGUUGCAUGUUUUAAAAACCAUUUCAUCUCUUUGGCUACCCAGGACCAGAACUAUUUUAGAUAUUUAUAAAAUGAGGAUAAUGAUUAUCUGUACAUAUUCAGACAUCAAAAUUUAAUGACACAGUUUUUAAGACGGGAAGACUGAAUGCUGGAGAGAUUAAAACUGCUGAUUAAAAUGCUGACAAAGUUGGAGAAAGAAUUUGAAGACAGUGGAAUAGACUAUGAACUCUGCUAAUGAAUGGUAACUGACAUUUUUUUUUUUUAAACUAUAGUAUAGCAGUACAUUGUACACUAUAUUGCUAAGGAUCUAAUUUUGUCUUGUAAAAUAAAUCCAAAUAUGUAUUGUGAAACACCUGUGUAAAACCAUUCUUGAAACAAGUGAUCUACAUGCCUGUUUUUUUGUUUGUUUGUUUGUUUUUUGGUAGAAUUAUUUUAAGAUAUGUUUAGCCAAACCCUUCCAAACUUACAUUUUGUUUUGUUUUUAAGGAAAAUAGAUAGGUAAGCAAGGUGAUAGUUGUGUAUCUCAUCUCUGAGAGCACUAGGCUAUUGCCACUUUCUAGCCACUUUUGUCAUUUUUAUAUUUAUUAUUAGUAGAAUUAUGCUUUGGAUUGUAAGUCUUCCUUGAUAACAUUACAGAUUCAGUCAGAACUUCUUGGUCUUGCUCAGUAAUUGUCAUAUAAAUUUGGUUGAACUAGAGGCCUGGGUGGAUGAAUGCCUGGGCAAACCAUGUGAAAUCUGAGUGGGUUUUGUACUUCAGAGUUGGUAAAAUUGAACUCUUGAGUUUAGGUAAGGAAUGGGCAUCAAAUCUAUCCUUUCAACUGCUAAAGAAGGGGAAGUUUUUUGACCUAAGAAUUUGGACACUAUGGUUUUCAGUCUACCUUGGAUUGCUCUAGUAGGCCACGGUCUAAGUACCUUCAGACAGACAAACCAAAAGGCAAGCUUUGGUCUUGCUUCUGGGAAGGGUUUUAUUUCAUUACACGAAUAGUUGAUUCAUAACUAGUAAUUAUGAGAAAUUUAGGUAUGAUAGCACUGGUUGAAGUAAAAUAUAAUUUGUGGGCAGCAGCUCCAUAAGUAUCAACUCUGCAUUUGGCAAGUGUUUUUGAAAAUCAAAAUCCCAAGGGAACAAUAUCCUGUUAUAGGUCUCCUCAGUUGAGGCAGCUACUUUAGGGAUAAGGCCACUUUGGAUAAUUCAAGCAGAAGCAUUUCUUAUUUGGGGAGUGGGGCGGGGUGAGGAUUGAGUUGUUGGACUUUGGAUUACAGUUUGCUGGUUUUAGAAGCAGCCAGUGAUUGAACAGAGAGUGGAUGGGUAAAAGUUUAAAGGACCUGUUUUUAUGGUAGAUUUUUCUGUAAAAAUCUUAAAUGUUCCUUUUCAGGCUAGCCAGAUAUAUCAAUGUACAGAUGACUACUCCAUUUUCCUGACUAUACUAUAACAUUAAAAUGAGUUAAAACCAAACUCUGCGUUUUGCUCUAUGAAAAGUUAUUAGUCCAUAAGAUUUUAAGCUGUGUGUUCACUUCUACUCUGAAAACGCACAGCCCUGCUCUGGAUACCUUUUUGGAAAGUAGAGGGCUCCUAAUGUGUAUGGCACAUUGCUGGGCUUUCUCAUACAUUCUUGGCAGACUUGCCCAAAUCCUCAGAUGGGCUGGGUUGUACAGUAUCUUUUCCCCCAAAUGUGGGAUCUGAAAUAAAUACUACAUGGAUAGUGGUGAUAGAUAUAUUAAUUUUUAAAGCUAUAAAGUAAAUGUGGUCUUUAGUCCUAGGUUUGUGGUGUGUUCAUUUGUGUUAACGUGUAGGGAAGGGACACUGACUCGAUGGUUAUGGGGAGUGUUAUCUUGAUUAUGUGCAGGGGUGCGAAUUGCUCAAUUAUUAACAGCUUUUCAUUUAGGGGUGAGUCAUGUGAUGAGUGGCCUAAUCAGAAAAAUGAAGGAAUGAAGAUGCAAGCUUUGCCAAGUGAUCACAUGAACAAGGUUUUGUAUCUUUUUAAAAUCAGGUGUUGUAAAAUUUGUGCAUGGCCUUUUUUGUUGUUGUUGCUUAGUAAUUGAUAGAGGAGAAAAAAAUGAGGGGGCAAAAAAAAAACCCCUCGGCUUUGCUAACCAAUCUUUUCAGAGGUACAUGGCUGGGGAGUAAAAUCUGACUGGCGUAACGUGUUGAAAGAUCCUCUAUAAUAUCCACCCUAUCCUGCAAUCUUCCAUAUAGAGGACAUACAUUGUUGUAUUCUAGUAAUUCACUGUGAUUUAUAACAAACCAGUGAUGUCAUUCUAUUGUGCACUUUUGUCAAACCAUUUAUGUGACUUUAAUAAACAUAGUAAACUUGCUGACUGCA